AGGUGAAUUUUUCAAGUCCGUAAGUGCUAUUACAGCUUUUAAACCUUCUCAUGCGACUAUAGCAAAACAAUAACGUCAGCUCAAAGGUAAUUAUUCGUUCCCAUAAAUAAUAAAUUUUUUGACAUAAAUAUUCAUGUCAGAGAAUUUCAGUUGGCUUAAUUGAGUUAUUUUAUAUAUUGAGUAGAUUGUUGACAUAACUGCAAGUAUGACAAUGGCGGUUGGUUUGGGUUUAUUAAGCCGUGUAACCAGCGUUGCUUCGAGCUCCUGUUUAAAAGGAUUUUCAACAAAUUCUAAAAUGCCUUGCCCGUUUCUGACCAGGCUUAGCCAAAACUAUGUUAAAAAUUAUGCUCCAGUCUUAAUAAAAAUGUAUGGCAACCAAUGUCCAGUGAUAUCGAGAUCUAUUACCCAGAUGGCUAGCAACAAUGAAGUGCAGGAAAACCUGACCAGUGCAGCUUCGAAAUGCCCUUUUCUGAAUGAAGUGUCAGGGGCGAUCAAAGAGUUGAAGCAAGACGAUGUCAUUGAGGUCAAUCAGGACAAGUCUGACUCUGGAAAUGAAGUGUUUGCCUAUGAUCAAUUUUUCCAUCAGCAAAUUAUGAAGAAGAAAAAAGAGCACUCCUACAGGAUUUUUAAAAAGGUGAAUCGUUUGGCUGGGCCAGGCGAAUUUCCCAAAGCAUUUGAAUACACUUCGGGCAAGAAACCAAUUACGGUUUGGUGCUCAAAUGAUUAUUUAGGGAUGUCAUGUCAUCCUGCUGUUAAAAAUGAAGUUGGAAUCGCACUGGAAAAGUACGGUACAAGCGCUGGCGGCACCAGAAACAUAAGCGGCAACUCCACGCUCCACGAGAAGCUUGAAACAGCUCUGGCCGAACUUCAUGAAAAAGACGCGGCUCUUUUGUUCACCUCUUGUUUCGUAGCUAACGACACAACUCUCUUCACUCUAGCUAAAGCACUGCCAGGUUGUCAUAUCUUCUCUGAUGCUGGCAACCAUGCUUCAAUGAUUCAGGGAAUCAAAAACAGCCAAGUUCCUAAGCACAUUUUUAGGCACAAUGAUCCUCAACACUUGGAAGAGCUGCUUCAGACAGUAGAUUAUCAAACACCCAAGAUUGUCGCAUUUGAGACAGUUCAUUCCAUGACAGGGGGAGUUUGUCCUUUAGAAGAAAUCUGCGACAUUGCUCACAAAUAUGGUGCUUUAACAUUUGUGGAUGAAGUGCAUGCUGUAGGUCUUUAUGGGCAACACGGUGCUGGUAUUGGUGAAAGAGACCAUGUGAUGCACAAAAUGGAUAUGGUAUCUGGAACUCUAGGCAAAGCUUUUGGCAACAUUGGAGGAUAUGUUGCCGGAAACGCCAAUUUAAUUGACAUGAUUAGAAGCUAUGGAGCUGGAUUUAUCUUCACGACCAGUUUGCCUCCAACAGUUUUGGCUGGUGCAAGGAAGGCAAUUGAAAUUUUAGCUUCUGACGAAGGUCGCAUGUUACGCGAAAAGCAUCAAGAUAAUGUUCAGUAUUUGCGAGGAGAACUUCUUAGAAACGGAUUUCCAGUAGAGUAUACUCCUAGUCAUAUCAUUCCCAUCAAAAUAGGGGAUCCAAUGAAAUGUUCUGCCGUAAGUGAUGCACUAAUAAAAUACAAGGGCCACUACAUUCAAGCUAUUAACUAUCCAACGGUUGCUAGAGGACAAGAGAAACUUCGACUAGCUCCUACACCACAUCAUACCAAAGAAAUGAUGGACUUACUGAUAGCUGAUUUGAAAGAUGUUUGGAAUGAACUUGAAUUACCUUUUACUGGUAUGAGAUGUAGCCAGGAAUGUCAGUUUUGUCAGAAACCAAUUUUGUUUGACUACCAUGAAUCCAGGGACAGGUGUAAAGUGCCAAACUGUCCUCAAAUGGUAGCAGCUGCGUAACAUUUGUCACAAAUAUAAAAAAGUCAUAUCUUUUAUUUUUAAAUAAAUAUUAUCAUGAAAAAAAAAGUAAAUUUUAUAAAAAUUGUUAUUUUUUGAAAGCCACGAAACUUGUUUUCUACAUAUUUAUAUUUUAUAUAGUGCCUAAUUAUUUUUUUUUGUUACUAAAUUUUACUUUUUUUGUUGAAUUGUAUUUUCCAUGGUUUAUGGAAAUUGUUAGGAAUUACGUUAUAAACUGGCGAUAGGCUGUAAAAUGGUAAUUUUUGUUGGACAACAAGGUGUACUGUUUAUUGACAUUUAAAAAUGUGUAACUGAUAUAAUAUGAAUGUUAUAUAAUCAAAUAAAUUUAACUUUUUUUUUAUUUAAGA